AUGUCUGGCUCUGCAGGUUUUGAUAGACAUAUUACUGUGUUCUCCCCAGAGGGACGAUUAUACCAAGUCGAAUAUGCUUUCAAAGCGAUCAAUUCUACCAACCUGACUUCAGUGGGUUUAGUGGGCGAAGACAGCGUUUGUUUUAUUAAUCAGAAGAAAGUGGGUGACAAAUUGCUAGAUCCAGCAUCCGUAUCUUACAUUUUUGACAUAUCUCCUAAUGUGGGCAUGUUAGCUACAGGCUCAAUUGCUGAUGCUCGUUCCUUAGCUACAAGGGCAAGAAGUGAAAGCGCAGAAUAUAAGUACAAAUAUGGCUAUGAAAUGCCGGUCGACGUUCUCACUAAGAGAAUGGCAAACUUGUCUCAAAUAUAUACACAAAGAGCAUAUAUGAGACCAAUGGGUGUUGCUCUUACGUUUAUCAGUUACGAUGAAGAAAAUGGCCCUUCUUUAUUGAAAACUGAUCCUGCUGGUUAUUAUUUCAGUGCAAAGGCAAUUGCUACUGGACCUAAACAAUCGGAAGUUUCUACUGUCGUGGAAAGAGACUUUAAAAAAGCUAAGAAGAAGGACCCUGAAGCCAAUGUGAUAGUAAAGGGUGAUUGGAAACAGUUGAUCGAAUACGGUAUUAUUACAUUAAGUAAUGCCUUGAGUACUGACUUCAGGAAAAACGAUCUAGAAAUAGGUUUUGCAACAAAAGAUGGAUUCAAAGUGCUAACACCAGAUGAAAUUGAUGAAAGGUUGGUUGCUAUUGCGGAGAAAGAUUAA